AUGGCUGACCACAAAGAGGACUUCGGACAGACGCUAUGGGUGGUCAACACAAUCUUCAUUGUACUAGCCACGUUCGCCGUUCUCGGUCGCUUUGCAGCUCGACGACUGCGAAAGCUGCCCCUCGGAGUAGAUGACUGGAUCAUCUGCGUGGCCCUGUUCUGGGACUGGCUAUUGUACGGGAUAUCUUAUGCGGACACUAAUACUUACCUUCUCCCAGGCCGGAUCAAUGGCCUCUGCAAGCACCGAGCAAAACUCCCACCACAGGAAGUCGUCGUUUUCGAGCAGCUCCUUUACUUCUUCAAUAUUUUCUACGUGCUGGGCCCCCCGAGCGUGAAGCUCUCACUGCUCUUCCUCUACCAACGUAUCUUUAAGCGCCCUUAUUUCUUGCGCAUGGUAUACGGCAUGAUCGCAUUGAUCUCUACGUGGGCAAUUAUCAUGCUCUUCCUCGCCAUCUUCAAUUGCAAACCCAUUAGCGCUUUUUGGACACAUGAGGGUACCUGCCUCAAUUUCAAACAGUUCGCCAUUGGCUACGCAAUCGUGAAUAUCAUCACCGACUUCACGAUCUGGUUGAUGCCGAUUCCCUGCGUGUGGCAGCUUCAGCUUCCGAAGCUGCAGAAGGUAGCUGUGUCGCUGAUUUUUGCGUUGGGCCUCUUUGAUUGCGCCGUCGCUAUGGCACGCCUCCUCAUCUCAAUGCUCGUCUUGGGCAAAUACGACUCCACAUGGCUCUACGCAAAGGGGUACAUGUGGUCCAUUAUCGAAGUAUCAACAGGCAUUAUCUGCACCUGUCUCCCAACAAUGUGGGUACUCUUGAAAGCAACCUUCGGUGGCAAAUUUGCAAGGAUCUUCGGCAUGUCCAGUGAAAAGACCGGCCGUCAGCGACCUAGCAAUACACCAUGGUCAAAAGCAAAGGAGGGUAAUGAAACUGGGGCGGUGAUAGGGGUGAAGGCCUCUUCCAGCAGGCAUUGUGCGGACAUGUUUUCGGACUUACGUGAUCCGGAGUGGGAUGCGAGCUCACGGCGGAUUCUAGUGAUUGAGGAGGUCAGUGUUGAGCUUCAACCAGUGAAACAGACGUUGUCUGUAAAUGCAAUAUGA